CUCAUGCAGACUAGUCCGCACGCACCACAUCGACCCCUUCCUUUUGCACAGUAGAAAAAGUUUGUAAAGUAAAAGAAAAAAAAAAAUCUCAUUAAUUUGGGUUUUUGAAAUCCAACUUCAAUUAAUCAAAUCACUGGAGGAAAGAACACGCCACACAAAGAUCCGAUCCAAUCGUUUUAGUCGGUUUCUGAUCAUCAACUCCGAUUCAUCUUCUUCAAAUCUGAUUUUGUUCAUCUGUUUAGAGCAUUAAUUUCCACCAAAAGGGGGUUUUGAAUUUAACCAUCCGUUCAUCAAAUUGCGGAGUAGCGAUCACGCUACACAAAGAUUCGAUCGAAUCUCUUUAUUCGAUUUCUGAUCAUCUACUCCGAUUCAUCUCUCUUCGUCAAUCUGAUUUUGUUCAUCUUUUUGAGGAGUUUAGAGAGAAAGAGAUGGAGAAAGUGAUGAACAUCUUGAAGCCCAAAGCGAACCCACAGCAGCAACUCAGAGACUGGCAGCGUCGUCUCCGCCAGGAGUGCCGCAACAUCGAACGCCAAAUCCGAGAUAUACAGAGAGAGGAGAAGAGUGUACAGAAAGCAAUUAGAGAGGCUGCCAAGAGAAAUGACAUGGGCUCUGCCAAGGCACUUGCCAAGGAAAUUGUGAGAUCUAGACAGACUGUGAACCGUCUAUAUGAAAACAAGGCACAACUAAAUUCAAUAUCAAUGCACCUUGGGGAGAGUGUUGCAAUUGCCCGUACAGUGGGUCAUAUAUCCAAGAGUGCUGAAGUAAUGAAGCUCGUUAAUAACCUCAUGAAAGCUCCAGAAGUGGCUGCCACUAUGCAAGAAUUCAACAAAGAAAUGACAAAGGCAGGGGUAAUUGAGGAGAUUGUAAAUGAUGCUGUUGACUCUGCAUUGGAUUCAGAGGAUAUUGAAGAGGAGACUGAAGAAGAAAUUGAGAAGGUCUUGACUGCACUAGCUGGUGAGACUGCUGCUCAGCUUCCGGAAGCAGCCAGGAAGGAGAAAUUAAAGCAACCUGCCCGGGCAUCAGAAGAUGUGGAGGAAGAAGCUAUAGCCGAAGGUGCUGAUGAUGAGGAAGAAUUAGAAGAAAUAAGGGCCCGCCUUGCCAAAGUUAGGUCAUAAUUUGAGCCUCUUUUAACAUCUUCCCAUGGCAUCAAAUGGAAAAGGUGACUACAUUUACAUGCACAAGGCCUCUUGUUCAUUUUGAGAUUGUAGCAGGUAAUGCCUAAUUUACCUGUUAAGAAGCGCCUGAAGGAUAUAAAUCUGUAUUAUACAAAUGUCUCCUUUAUUUUGAAUGUAUUAAGUCGAUUGUUAUCUAUGCAAAUACAGUGCGUCGUUUAUUGGUCCA